AUGACUGCAUCGAUGGAGAUGCAAAGGCAUGCCCAUGCCGACGAUAACCCGGACGUGUCCCAGCCAGGCAAAGUCGGCGUUGACUUUGUAGAAAGCACGGAGGCCGGCAUUCCUACGACCUAUGCUGAUAUCGUGGCCUCGCGUCUUUCGAAAGCACAUCGAGAUUAUUUGAUGGAACGACAUGGCACGCUGGAACUCGAUCCUAUCCCGAGCCUGGAUCCUGCUGAUCCUUACAACUGGCCGUCAUGGAAGAAAUUGGCCAACCUUGUUUUGGUGGCAUUUCACGCGUGUAUGGGAACGUUUGCUGCGGCGGGCAUCAUUCCUGCUUAUGCAACAAUCUCCGAAGAAUAUGGCGUUUCGAUCCAGAGAGCCAGUUAUCUGACCUCGCUUCAGAUUGCCAUCCUAGGCGGAGCACCUUUGUUCUGGAAGCCUUUAUCCAACCGCUACGGUCGUCGCCCCGUCUUCCUCACUUCUUUGAUAUGCAGUCUCGUCUGCAAUAUAGGAUGCGCCAAGAGCACUGAUUAUGCGUCAACUGCUGCCUGUAGAGCCUUGCAGGCAUUUUUUAUCUCGCCGGCAUCCGCCAUCGGAAGUGCGGUGGUGAUGGAGACGUAUUUCAAGAAGGACCGCGCACGGUAUAUGGGUGUGUGGACCCUGUUGGUCACUUUGGGAAUCCCAUGCGGUCCCUUUAUCUUUGGUUUCGUUGCCUAUCGCGCAGGCUAUGAGUGGAUCUAUUGGGUGCUUGCAAUCGUCAACGGGGUUCAAUUCAUCUUGUAUCUUUUCCUAGGCCCGGAAACUCGCUACAUUGAUAGUAACGUCGAUCCGAAACAACCACCAUGGAUGAGGGAGUAUGUGCUUUUGAGGCGUAUUGACCCGACGCCAUUUUCUUGGUUUGAGUUCGUCAAGCCACUGACCAUGGUCAUGUAUCCCUCCGUGAUCAUCCCCGCCGCAGCAUACGCAAUGGUCUUUUGCCUGAGCAACGUGCUGGCGACCGUGGAAGUGCCAGAGUUGCUUCAGGAAAAGUUCGAAUUGAACACGGAGCAGCUGGGUCUCCAGUUUCUAGGCCCAAUCAUCGGAUCCCUCAUCGGUGAGCAGGUGGGGGGCACGCUGUCUGACGUCUGGAUGAACCGGCGGGCUAAGAAGACCCAAAACAAGCCCGAGCCCGAGCACCGUCUCUGGCUCAGUUAUAUCGGUUUCGCCCUGUCCAUCGUCGGCCUGAUUGUCUUCCUUGUAUGCACGCAGCAGGCCAAGCAGGGACACUGGAACGUGGCCCCGAUCGUCGGCAUCGCCCUGGGAGCCGGAGGCAACCAGGUAAUAACGACCGUGCUCAUCACCUAUGCCGUCGACUGCUAUCCUCAAGAGGCUGCCAGCGUCGGCGUGUUCAUCACGUUUGUCCGUCAGAUCUGGGGAUUUCUGGGCCCUUUCUGGUUUCCUCCGAUGUUCGAAACCGUCGGCAUUGCAGCUAGUUCGGGCGUUGGGUGCGCUCUCAUCGUGGGUGUCAGUGUGAUUCCAACCAUCCUCCUGCAUUGGAUGGGGCGAUCAUGGCGUCCGGCCACCGAGUAAGCCUCCAAAUUGAUAUUUCGCAAAUAGAAAAUUAG